UCAGUGCAAAAAAUAUCGUUUGUGAUUGCUACUACAAAUCGGUGUGUUUGUGUGCGAAUUAACUUGAUUCUUUUCAGCAGAGAAGACGAUAAUGGGGGCAAUAUCAAUGACGUGGUCUCUUCCUACCCUAACUUCUUCUAAGCUACCCCGGGUCAACCGAUAUUCAGGUAUGGCAUUUGCGACUGUGAAUAAGGAUACUGCGACUUUGGGAGUUAAAGUUACUGAAGGAUUGGGGAAAUUGCCCAAGGUUGUGUUAACCUCUUCCCAUGGAAGUGAAGCCGAGCUCUACUUAUAUGGAGGCUGUGUUACAUCUUGGAAAGUCGGAAGCAGGGAUCUCCUUUUUGUUCGUCCUGAUGCUGUUUUCAAUGGACAGAAGCCCAUAAGUGGAGGAAUCCCCCAUUGUUUCCCACAAUUCGGACCUGGCCCUAUGCAACAGCAUGGAUUUGCAAGGAAUUCCGAUUGGUCAAUUGUUGAUUCUGAAAAUGUCGAUGGAACUCCUGUUAUCACUCUAGAGCUUAAAGAUAGCUCAUACAGUCGAUCUAUGUGGGAUUACAGCUUUCAAGCUCUAUACAAGAUUACCCUAGACAAGAAAACCCUUUCAACUGAAUUAAAAAUCACAAACACUGACAAAAAACCAUUUUCAUUCACCACUGCCCUUCAUACUUACUUCAGUGCUUCUGUAUCGGGUGCAUCCGUUAAAGGUCUAAAAGGUUGUAAGACACUCAACAAAGAUCCAGACCCUAAGAACCCCAUUGAGGGUAAAGAGGAAAGAGAUGUGGUGACUUACCCUGGAUUUGUUGACUGCGUAUAUCUUGGUGCCUCUAAUGAAUUAUAUUUGGAUAAUGGUCUUGGUGACAUCAUAUCAAUCAAGAAUACAAAUUGGCCGGAUGCGGUUCUAUGGAACCCACAUUUGACAAUGGAAGCAUGCUACAAAGAUUUUGUAUGUGUUGAAAAUGCUCAGAUUGGAAAUGUUGAUUUAGAGCCGGAGAAAUCAUGGGUGGCUACUCAACAACUUAGUGUUGGUUAAAUUGGAGAUCUUUAAAGAGAGAGUUGAAUUAAUUUUUUUGUAUUUUCUUAAAGAGAGACUUGUGAUUAUUGUAUUAUGAAAACACAAUUUAGUAAUGCGAAUAAAUAUGUGGAAAA